UAAAAUAAACAUAAAAAUAAUGAACCCUCCACAUUUUGUGGGCCGUUAACAAAUCAUAUUAGCGUCUAAACAUAGUAGUUUAUGGGCCCUACCGGCGUGUAACGUAAGCUUUUGAUAUCAAAGUCGGUGAGAGGAACAGUCGUUAAUUUAUCACAUUACCGCCUUUAUCGCCGUGUUGGGACUAAUUAGAGCGCGUUCUCGUUUACAAGUACGACACGGUUGAGACUCGUACGUUGCACUUGAUUAAAUGUAAUAGAGAACAGAGAUAUUUGGCAGUUUACAUCGGCACGCGUAAUUGAACAUUUUACGAGUCUGUAAACGUUGUGUAAAGUGAUGCCAAAAUGGGACCGAAUCACAAAGCAGACGAAGCCGCAGGAGAAACGUUUGCAACAAGAGAAUAAAUAUGUGCAGGCCUUGAUAGAGCAGUCGCAGGCAUGGCUGAAAAAUUGGCCUGACACCGUAGAAGGUUGUGUAGCAAAAGCAGAGCAGAAAAAGAAAAAACAACGUUCUAAAGAAAUCGCCUUAGUCAAAGAGUUUUCAAAUAGAAAGAUCGUGAAAAAUAACGAGGAAGUCAUACAACAGGCGAGACAACAGAUCUUUGAAGAAAGCUGUUACGGAAGAAAACUUAUAAGCGCGCUUCACGAAUCCAAGGAUCAAGAAGAGAGAGAGGCACAAAUAAAUUUUAAAAAAGAAAUAAAAGAAAAGGAAACGGAACAAGAACAGAAGAUAACUAAAGCUGUGAAGUUCUGUACCUUCGAUUUGGACAAGGACGAGGAGACUAUGAAGGAACAACAGAAAUGUAUUGACGUUGAAACAUCCAAAGCGAAUAAAGAAAUGUUUGAAAAACAAAAAGAGGAAGAAACUAAGGCGAAAGAGAAACAAAAGCAAGAAGAUCUUGGUAACGCAAAAUUAAUGAAGCGUCUUCUGGAACUUGAAAAAGAAGCCGAGACCAAAAUGAAACUUCUAGAAAAACAAGCUCUAGACCAAUGUGCAGCUGAAUACAAAAAGACAAAAGACGAGCUAGCUAAAUGGGAAGCUGAGUAUCUUGCUAAGAUAGAAGUUUGUCGGAAGGAACAGGAACAACUAAAAUUUCAAAUCAAACAAGUCCAUGAUCGGAUCUUCAAAGAGUACCAAGAUACAUCAAAAAUGAAAAAUAACUUCAAUGCCACAAAACAGUUUCAAUUAGAGAAAAAGAAAAUUUUCGAUGACUUUAUCGAAAAACAUAUCAAGAAAGGAGAAGAUAGAGCGGAUAAAAGAGAACGCAAAAAUAUAGAGAAGAUAAAACAACAUCGCAAAAACAACAAGACUGUAGCUGAGAUUAACAAAUCAAUGGCUGAAGCUGUGAAUCAUCGACAAGACAUCAACAAGUGCUACUGUGACCGACAAUGUUACAUAACGAAGUCCGAAAAACCACGCAUUAUGAAGAAAGCGGCGCGAGAUACUAUUGAGCCGGAGGUUAGAGCAGCCAAACCGCUCCCAUACUUCGGGCCACAGAGAAAGCUGUUGGUGGACUUGAGACGUCGUGAGAAGGAACCUAGUCCAUGGUCCGGCACAAACAGCUUGCAUGUGCUGUUCUUCAAAAACGCUGAAAAAACAUUAAGCGACUGCAAGAACAAAAUACCCGCGAGAAAAGUUAUUGAUGAAUACAAAAAAUACAACGGAUUGAAUAGGACAACCCCGAAUUAUAAUUAAAACAAUAGUUAGUAGGUCCCUAAAUGUGAAAUUUUAGUGUUAAAUUAAAAUAAAAAACUGUUUCGACAAUCAUUAUACUACAUUUUAUUUUAUACUACAAACAUUACUAUUUACAAAUAUCGGUCCUUACAUUCAAGUUACGAACGGUCACUUUUCUUCAUUCCUUCGCUACUGAGUACCAUGAAUAAUUUAAUAUAUUGAAAAUUUUAUAAUUGUUGCAACACUGUUAUGCUUAUCUAUUAAAUAACAAAAUAAAUAGCUACAAAUCACAAUGUACAUGCGCAGUCGAAGUUUCUAGUCAUAUAAAUGUAUCGAGUGAGGUACGGAGGUAACACGGUCCUCGACCACGCAAAGUGCAUUUCUGUAGUAUUUUCCUCGUAAAAAUGAUUGCAGAAAGGCAAAAUAUAAAUUUUAUAAUUACCCUAAAAUACAACUUGACACGUUUGAGUUUUCUGCUCUCACUCCUAAAAACGUAAUUUUGUAACGUUACUAGUACCAAAAGUCGGUGUAAGCGUACAAAA